CCAGCUCGGAGGAAGGCUCGUUUUGAUGAAAAUGAGGUUGUAGCUCGUUGUCUACAUUACUGCAGUUGAAUAGAGGUGUAGUUUGUAUUUUAACAACGUUUCUAUAAUUAGCUAUUGAUCCGUGAAGUUCGAAUCUGCGAAUAUAUUUCCAACUUCACCGGACUGAUAUCACCACCCUUCUGUCUGAAGGUAAAUAACCGCAUCAUACUGUGACCUCCGCUCAGCAUCGCCUGGCAAACCAAGCUUGACCUGGUUUUCAGAACUGCCAUAUCGCUUCAUUAUAUCGGAGCAUCAUCCCCCUUCUGUAUGUGAUGUCGGACUGCAGGCGACAGUGGAACCGGGAGGAUGAGCUCCCUGUGUACCUGGCUAAACCCAUCUCUGGACCCAACCAGAGGCACAAGUCUCAAGGAAUGUUUAGCUCCGUCGAGGGCGCCUAUGAUAAGAAGACAAUAGAUUUUGAUCAGUACUCAGUGGGAAGGCAAGGGAACAGGACGUCACGGAGCUGUAGCAGGGAGCGCAUUCUGGAUGGGGACACUGGAGCCUAUGAGAUCCGCGGGGGUUCCCUCAUCAGCUCCCCGGGCGAGAGAGACAGCGGGCGUCUGGAUGUCGAAGUUACCGAUCAGAAGGACCUGCAUUAUGGGGAAAACAACGGGAAAAGUGAGCGGCUGCUGAUUAAAGGAGGAAGAGUAGUUAAUGAUGAUCAGUCCCUCUAUGCUGAUGUCUAUGUUGAAGAUGGACUUAUUAAACAGGUUGGGGAGAACCUGAUUGUGCCGGGGGGUGUGAAGGUGAUCGAGGCUAAUGGGUGUAUGGUGAUACCUGGAGGCAUUGAUGUGAACACCUGCCUGCAUAGGCCCUACCUGGGUACCCCACCUAUCGAUGACUUCUACCAGGGCACCAAAGCUGCUCUGGCUGGAGGAACCACAAUGAUCAUUGACCAUGUGAGUCCACUGCCAGGGGACAGUCUAUUGGAGGCCUUUGAGAAGUGGCAGGAAGCAGCAGAUAAGAAGUCCUGCUGUGAUUAUUCACUCCAUGUAGAUAUCCCUCAGUGGCAUGAAGGUGUGAAGGAUGAGCUUGAGCUGCUUGUACAGGAAAAAGGAAUCAACUCUUUCCAAGUGUACAUGGCUUACAAAGAUUUAUUCCAAAUGACGGACUCUCAGUUGUAUGAAGCAUUCUCAUUCCUCAAGGAGCUAGGGGCGGUGGCGCUGGUCCAUGCAGAGAAUGGAGAUCUCAUUGCCCAGGAGCAAAGCAAAAUUUUGGGAAUGGGCAUUACUGGUCCAGAGGGUCACCCACUGAGCCACCCAGAGGAGCUGGAGGCGGAGGCUGUUUUCCGUGCUAUCACCCUUGGCAACCGAGUCAAUUGCCCUGUCUACAUCACCAAAGUGAUGAGUAAGAGUGCAGCUGAGACUGUGACCCAGGCACGAAGGAAAGGCUCUGUUGUAUUUGGUGAGCCAAUCACAGCCAGCUUGGCAACAGAUGGGUCACACUAUUGGAGCAAAAACUGGGCGAAAGCAGCAGCCUAUGUGACCUCUCCACCCCUCAGCCCUGACCAGACGACACCUGACCACCUUCACACUCUACUGGCCAGUGGGGACCUGCAGGUUGUGGGUAGUGGACAUUGUGCUUAUAGCACUUCUCAAAAGGCUAUAGGGAAGGAUAACUUUACCCUUAUACCCGAGGGGACCAAUGGAGUAGAAGAGAGAAUGGGCUUUGUUUGGGAUAAAGCUGUGGCUAUGGGGAAAAUGGAUGAAAACCAGUUUGUCGCAGUUACAAGCACCAAUGCAGCCAAAAUCUUCAACCUGUACCCCCGUAAGGGUCGGAUAGCAUUGGGUUCAGAUGCCGAUAUUGUCAUCUGGGACCCCGACAAGAUUAAGACCAUCACAGCUAAAUCACAGCAGUCGGCUCUGGAGUAUAACAUAUUUGAGGGAAUGGAGUGUCAUGGUGGACCUGUGUAUGUGGUCAGUCAGGGUAGGGUUGUGUUUGAGGACGGGAAGCUUCAGGUUCAUCAGGGUGCUGGACGCUUCAUCUCCCGCAAACCCUUCCCUGACCAUGCCUACCAGCGCAUCAAGAUCCGUGACAAGAUGAUGAGCAAACAGGGAGUGUCGCGUGGGAUGUAUGACGGUCCAGUAUAUGAUGUACCAGUGAUGCCCAAAUACAUAACCCCAGCACCCUCUGCCAAAACCUCACCCACUUCACACCAGCCACCACCAAUCAGAAACUUGCACCAGUCUAACUUCAGCUUAUCAGGGGCGCAAGUUGAUGACAACAUUCCUCGGCGCUCUGGCCAUCGCAUUGUAGCACCCCCUGGGGGUCGCUCCAACAUCACCAACCUUGGUUGAGCCUGAAGCAGCUUCCAAUUGACUUUGAGUGUGUAUGUUAGUGUGUGUUUGUGAAACUGUGUGUGUCUGAAUUAAUACAGUUGGAUCUGUUCACAAACCAUCAGUACUCUCCUCACACAGGGCCAUGUUAUGAUUUUGCAUGUCAAAAUUUGGUCCUUAAUAUGUUGACAACUUCAACUUAAUAUGUUGAGAACCAGUUCAGUAAAACUGAUAAAGCAUACCUAGACAUAUACUGUAUGCAGAGACUAAAAAUAUACCUAGACAAUCACCAAAAUGCGCUACUGUGUAUCAAUAGCAUGUAAACAAUAACAAGAUAACCGCUUAACUUUUUACAUUUAAAGGGAUAGUUCACCCAAAAAUUCUCUCAUCAUUUACUAACACUAAUGCUAUUCCAGAUGUAUAUGACUUCCUUUCUUCUGCUGAAAAAUAUCUCAGCUAUGUAGGUCCAUUCAAUUCAAGUGAAUGGUGGUCAGAACUUUGAAGCUCAAAAAGUGCAUAAAGGCAGCAUAAAAAUAAUCAAUACGACUCCAGUGGUUAAAUAUAUGUCUUAAGAAGCGGUAUGAUAGGUGUGGGUGAGAAACAGAUCAAUCAAUUUCAGAAACAUUUUUACUAUACAUGUCCACUUUCACUAGCCCUCCUAAGCACUCUCCUCUCUCCUAAGAGUUCUUCUUUUGUUUUUGGUGAUUCACAUUGAUCAUGCUUAUAUUGCCACAGGGCAGGGAGAAGAAUUUAUUGUAAAAAAAUAAAAUAAAUAAAAGACUUAAAAAUGAAUCUGUUUCUCACCCACACCAAUCAUAUCGAUAUAUAAGACAUAUCUUUAACCUUAUGUGUCUUAUGGGUUACUUUGAUGCUGCCUUUUUGUGCUUUUUGUAGUUUCAAAGUUCUGGUCACAAUUCACUUCCAUUAAAUGGACCUACAGAGCAAAGACAUUUUUCUAAAAAUCUUUUGUUUUUGUUGAGCAGACUAAAGAAAGAUAUGCACAUCUUGGAUAGCAUGAGAGCGAGUAAAUUAUGAGAUGAUUUUCAUUUUUGGGUGAACUAUCCCUUUAAUCACUGAGCUUUUAUUCUAUUGAUGUAACCCCAGUGUGACGUAGUGUUGAAAAUGUCCUACUCUAAAGCUUAGUGAGGCCUAAUGUUAACGCCCUCUGUCGCUGGUUGUCCGAUAAAAUGGUGCUCCCUCUUUUGGACAACUUGCAGAACUACCAGUAGCGACAACGAUUUAAAAUUGCUAUAGAAUUCAGGUCUGAGAUCAGUUUUAAGCACAAUUGUUAUGCUAUUAAGUAUUCUAAAGUUGAGCCAGGAGCUGACCUUAAAAGCACUUUUCACUCUCCUGAUCUCUGUGCACUGAAAUAUAUAUAUUUUUUCUAAUAAUAAUUCUGUAAUCAGUGUCUUUGUGGUAAAGAGAUUGAUGGACUGCAUGAUUUCACUUGUAGAUGUUGGUUUUGCUCAUAUCUGGGUUGUAAACUGAGGUAUUUACUUAAUAAUUCUUACUCUUUAUACUUUGAAAGACAGUUUUAUUUUUCACCAUACCUAUUUCAAAUUGUUUUAAAACAAUAACAUCUUUUUAUUAUAAUGCAUUUCAUUUUAAUCUUAAUUUAGAAAUAAAGGCUGCAUGUGAUGUAUUUGGUACACAUUCUCAGACUCUUCCUAGCUGUAUAGAUUUUUGCUUAUUGGCAAAACUAGAUGUUGACUAGAGAACCUAAGGUAGAGAACCAAAACCUCUAUUCCACAAAUGGAAAAUCAGAGAAAAACUACUGAUGCAAGCUGCAUUUUUUUUUUAAUUGGCACCAUCCUUGUCAGCAAUGCAAAAUAUUACAUCAGCAAGUGUCACAUGCAUUCAAAGAGCUAAAAGAAAUGUAAUUCUAUGGUGUUACUGAGUAUGCCUAAUUUUUAGUUUUUUCUUCUACUGUGACAUUUUUACAGUAUUGCUCUAUAUACAUCGCACUAUGCCUGUUGCCUAGUCACUGUGUAAGAUGAAAGUCUUAAUAAUAAACUUCCACUGGUUAAAUGGGCUUUAGAUCCUGAUGUUCUAAUCUAGAUAUGGCCAUUUCCAAGUCUGCUGUAUUUACCUGCCCUAGUGAGUUUUGCCUAUGGUAUUUAAAGUGUUUAUAAUCAAUGUAAUUUUAGUUUCUGUAGGCUGAUAUCCACUGAUGCACUCAUUGACUGUUGACAAUGAAAUUCAUUUUGCUAUGAUGAAAUAAAGUUCAUGAAUAGAUGUUGUUG